AUGGUGCUCGAACGUGUGCCCGUGUAUGAUGCAGCUGUCGAUGUUGCCCCACUCGCUGCCCCACUUCGAUUUCGAUGUGGAAAGAUGACUCUGAAUCGAACACUCAAAACUGCAAUGACAGAGAAAUUGGCCACAUUCUCGGAUGACUUGACUGAAAGAGGAGUUCCGACCUGGCAACUCGUGAAUCUCUAUGAGAAGUUUGGACACGGUGGAUGGGGGAUCAUUUCAACGGGGAAUAUCAUGACUCAUCCAACCAAUUUGGAAGCAGCUGGGAAUAUUGUGAUCUGCAAGGAGAACUAUUCACCCGAUCUUGUCGCAAUGCUGAGAGAAAUGGCCGAAGCUGGGAAAUCGACUGGAUCGUUGAUGAUCGGACAGCUUGGAAAUGCUGGCCGGCAAACCCCUUAUGCAAUCAAUCCGAGUCCAAUGUCUGCCUCAAAUGUUCAAUUGGUCUUUCCACCGGGUACUGGAAUGAGAUUCGGGCUUCCAGUGGAGUUGACAAGAGAUCAGAUCAAAACCGAGGUCAUCGAUCGUUUCGUCUUUGCCGCAAAGGCUCUCAAAGCUGCUGGUUUUGAUGGCAUUCAAUUACACGCAGCUCAUGGCUAUCUCCUCUCACAAUUUUUGUCUCCAACAACAAAUCAGAGAAACGAUGAUUAUGGUGGAUCGGUUGAAAAUCGUUUCCGAAUCAUUCAGGAAAUAUUCUUGGCUAUUAGAGAAUCGAUUCCACCAGAGAAUAAAUUCAUCGUUGCCAUCAAAUUCAACUCGGUCGAGUUCCAAAAGGGUGGCCUUUCCAUGUACGACGCAAAGGAAAUGAGCAAGCGGAUUGAGGCUCUCGGCUUUGAUUUCAUUGAAAUGUCUGGUGGAACCUAUGAGCACAUUGAAAUGCAUCACUCGCGCGACUCGACGAGACAACGUGAAGCUUUCUUCUUGGAGUUCACUGAUGAGCUCCGUCCCAUCUUCAAGCGAACAAAAAUGUAUGUGACUGGCGGUUUCCGCACCGCUUGGGGAAUGGUUCGCGCGAUUGAUGAGCAAGCUUGUGACGGAGUUGGAGUGGCUAGGCCGGCUGCCGCUGAACCGGAUUUUGCUCGGAAAAUUCUUGAAGGAGAGAUCCUCUCAGCGGCUGACUCAAAACUCGAUCCAACCAACUUCAUUCUAGCUAUGAUUGCCGCAAACACUCAAAUGGCUCAAGCCGGGUGGACAUCAGUGAAGGACUGUCACGGAAAACUUUGCCAUGACAUCGUCGAUCUUAGCGACGAGAAAGUUUUUACCAAAUACAUGGAAGCAGCCGCCACUUACAUCGGAGAGGUCGUUCAAGCCACGGAUAAUGGCAAAGUGAUGGCGAAAGUGUUCGAGUUCAAAGAGUUGGAGACAAAAGAACUCGAUCUUUUGGGUGAUGAAUCGAAGGUUUUCAAGCUGAUUGGUGCCGUUUUAGUGAAGGUUGAACUUGCCGAAGCUAGGAGUCAAGUAGAGAAACGACUGGAAUAUAUUCAAGGAGAGACG